UCUGCAUUCACGUUGCUCUGGGUUUAUGGGUGAAGCCGGUUUAAUGAACUGCUAAUUUCCUCACUGAACGUCCCUCAAUUUUGUGCGAUAUCGAAGGGCUUUCUGCAGCAUGACAGAACGGAGAUAUGACUGUUAAUGUCACGGUUUGAAUGAUGGCGUCAGGAUGGCGGCAGCCUCGAUCAGUUACAGAUGCUUUACUCCUUAACACCAUCAUCAUCUUCUUCAUCACCGGCGCACAGACCCACACCUGUGACCAUAAAGUGCCCCUGCCUACAGAGGUGAUACAUAAAGUGUUUCUAAAGCCAGACAGAUUGAUCAAAAGAAGCACUGACCAGCAGUUAAAGAUCCAGAUAGAGUAUGACUCCAGCUUGGAUGGGUUAGACGAAGCCAAAUGCAGCCUUGUGAAGUACAAGCUCCUCCCACAGGCUAUUGAUUAUCUUCAGAAGGCCUUCAGGGUUCGUAAGCAAUCUGGUCCAAUAUUACUGAGCAGGCAAUGUGAAACCAAUCAGUACCUUAGGAAAAGAGAUGAUCCACAUCGCUACUGUCAAGGACCUUGUGCAGGCAUCACCAAGUGUGGCCCUGUUGUUGUCCCCGAACAACAUUUGCAGCAAUGCAGGGUUUGCAGUGAGUCUGGAAAGUCCUGCGGUCCUGCCGGUCCUCCUGAUGGUGAGGGGGUGGCGAGGGCAGAUUUUGUGCUGUACGUGAGUGCGAUGACCACAGAGCGUUGUGGACAAGAGAACAUCGUAGCCUAUGCAGCGUACUGCCAGCUGGAGUCUGAACUGGACAGGCCCAUCGCUGGAUAUGCCAAUCUGUGUCCCAAUAUGAUCUCUACUCAACCUCAGGAGUUUGAAGGGAUGCUGUCCACAGUCAAACACGAGAUCAUACAUGCCCUGGGUUUUUCAGCAGGACUCUUUGCCUUUUACCACGAUGAUGAUGGAAAACCUUUGACACCACGUUCUGCAAGUGGUCUACCUGCAUACAAUGAAAGUUUAGGGUUAUAUCAGUGGAGUGAUAAAGUCAUUAAAAGAGCAACUCGACUGUGGGACAUCCGUGGCGGCCAUAUGGUUAGACACACUGUCCAUCUUUUGGCCACCCCACGUGUAGUGGAGGAAGCCAGGAGACAUUUUAAUUGCCCCAUUCUAGAGGGCAUGGAACUGGAGAAUCAGGGAGGUGCUGGCACAGAGUUCAACCACUGGGAAAAACGUCUGUUAGAGAAUGAGGCAAUGACUGGAUCUCACACUCAGAGCAGAGUGUUUUCCAGAAUUACUUUGGCCAUAAUGGAGGAUACAGGGUGGUACAGGGCCAAUUAUAGUAUGGCCGAGAACUUGGAGUGGGGAAGAGGUUUGGGGUGCGACUUUGUGAUGAAAAGCUGUAAAUUCUGGAUAGACCAACAUCGCCAUACGAGGCCAACACUAAGCCCAUACUGUGAUUCUGUGAGGAGCGCACCUCUGCAGCUCACCUGCAGGCAGGACCAGCUGGCAGUGGCCGUGUGCAACCUGCAAAAGUUUCCUCAUUCACUUCCUGUAGAGUAUCAGUAUUUUGACAAUAUCCCUGGCAUCCCUGAGGAGGAUUUAUCAGCGUACGGAGGGGCCGUGGAGAUCGCAGACUACUGUCCCUUUAGCCAGGAGUUUAGUUGGCACGUGGGUGGAGAAUAUCAGCGCAGCUCUUACUGCAGGAUACAGGAGAACCAGCCAGCCACAUGGAGAAACUAUGGGGCAGAACAGUACGGCCCAGGAUCAGUGUGUCUAUACCAAAAGUCAGCAUUCGUAAUGGAGCAGUGCACCAAACUAAUGACCUACCCAGACUGGGGCAGUGGUUGCUAUAAGGUGACUUGUACAGCCCAAGGGUUGUUGGUUUGGGUGCAGAACGAGUCCUAUCCAUGUGUUCGUACUGGUCAGGUGAUCAGCGUGAGCGUACGAAUGAAUGGAUGGGUCUACAGCGGGCAGCUCAUCUGCCCCACCUGCUCUGACUUCUGCAGCGACUGCCCCCUCCCUCAUGAGAUACCCCAUCUAAACACUACCAAGAGUGCUCGCUUAGAUCCUUGUUCCAGAUCUUCCUGUUUGGUGGUGAACUUAUGGCAGCUCCUGUUAACUCUUACUCCACUGCUGAUCGGCUUCCUCCUUUGUGGCAGGGACUGAAUUUAGUCCUGGUGGAACGGUUGAACUUGCUGCUACAGGCUUCCCUUGAGGUUUAUCUGCUGUGGAGGGCAAAACGGCCAUCACUUCUGUAGUGUAGUGUAGUCUGCGAUCUGAUAACUGUUCUCUCUAUGCAGAGGUGUGGACUGUAGAUGGGAUUGAAAAGCCAUUGAUUGCACUCCUCCUUGCCUGGCUGUCAGGUGCCAGCGAGCUGUAGAUCCAGUGUGAAGCCAUAGUCAUGGAAGCUGCGGUCUUGCAGCACGGUUAUGCAGGUGCUAAUUAAUGUUCUCUUUGUCUCUCUGAUGGACCUUGUAGCAUUUUGGGUCAUAAAAUAGGCGUUUGGCUGAAAAUGAUGGGAGAUAUUCUCUCUAGUGAUCAGCUUAUGGUGCUUCUGUGUUGUCCGUGAAAUUACUUGCUGGUAAUGUUUUGAUCAGCAUAUAUCAGGUCAUGUGACUGACGAUGCCUAUGAAUUAGCAUGGAGAAGGGCAGGUGAGAUCUCUGUUAAGGUCAGUGUAAGUGCUGAAUUGAAUUUUUUUUUUUUUUUUUUUUCCAUAAUUUAUGGAAAUUUGAAUGAUGCCAUUGUGUAAGAUAAAUACGUUAGAAUAGGUUUAAAAGCAUUUGAUUUGAUUAAUAUACAGUCCAGAAGUCUGAGAUUACCUUUGAAAAGCUGGAAUUUGUUUUUAUUUUUUAUUUGUAGUUAAAUAGAAAAUUUAAAAAAUUAAAAAUAGGAAAAAUAUGAUGAAAAAUAAAGAAGAAAAAAUAUCCAAAUUUGACAUUGAUCAUGUCUGUACAGCUUGAGUACUGCUGUCAUUAAGAAAAAGGAUGACAAACCAAAUACUAAGAAAUUCUGAAAUUAUUAACAUUUUUAAUUCAACUUUUGACUCUUUUAAUUCAACUUUUGAAAUUGUUAUGCUAAUGUUAUAUCUUUUGUAAAACAUUUUGUACUAAAUUAAAUGGCAAAAUAAUAAUUUUCAUUAGUGGUCUCAGUCUUGUGAACCUCAUUGUACAUACGCGUUUUAGUUUUAUCACAACUCCGUUAUCAGAUAUACAAAAUUCAGCAAGGUAAACAAAGAGUCAGUCUUAAAGGUGCAGUAAGCGAUUUCUGAGAAACUGUUGAUAUUUGAAAUCAAACCAAACAAACACACCCCUCCCUUCAUUGCUUCACCCCCAAAAUCCAUGAACACACAAUGCAAGAGUAGAUCUCUGUUUAUCAUAGCUGAAGCAAAGCAAAAUAAAGCUUCGUGAAAAAAAAAAAAAAAGUAAAGAUGACAAACAAACGACAAGGAAGAACAAAAAAGAACAUACUGUAAACAAGAGUUUAAGCAAGAGUUUGUUGUUAGUCGCCAGCAGCACGCCAGCUCCAGACAAACAACUUUGACACUCAAAACUGUCCUGUUAUAGCUAACAUUACAACAACAGCAUAUCUUGCUUCUGUGAAACCGCAAAACCAAUGUUACUCUCAUAUGGAGCAGAAACAAUGCAUCCACUGCGUCCAUUUUCAGGCCUUCCUGCUUUGGUCUCUCCAGCGCUGGAAAGCUUUUUUAAUAUUAACACGGGUUUUGAAGCUCUUGCCUGAUCAUAACCCUUCUUUUUCCAUUGAUAUUCUCUGACCUUUUCUGUUUUGUAAUGUCUCUCAGCCAUCUCUCUUUCUACAGUCUUCAAAUCUCCCUCUUGCUCACUCUCUCUUCUCCCCCAUCAUGAGCGGACACGCCCCCUACUGCUGAGUGGCUACAAGUGUGUUUUAGUGCUUGGUCAACACAGCGUAUCUCAGAAAUCGCUUACUGCACCUUUAAGAACUGAUUCUUUGUUUACUUUGAAAUGUGUUUCCAGAUUUUGGUCCUGAAGGGCUGUCCUACCAAGGCUGCAGAUUAUAGAUCUUUGUUGUCUUUUAACAAUCAGCUCGCUAAAAGCCCUUGAGAAAAGUGUUUUUUAUAGACCUUUAUAUGAGAUCAGAUGACAUUUUGUUGAUUAGUUUGCCUUCACAGAUGUAUGCAUAUUUUUUUUUAUUUAAAUUUUAUAAUGCAAAUAUAUAAACUUGUUAAAAAUGAUUUAAACAACACUUUGAACCAACAUUAAUUUGCAUUUGAAAUGUAGCCAUUAUUUUAAAAAUACCACGGAGUUGCACUGUAUGUGUGAUUAUUAGAUUGUUACUGUUUAGGUGUUAGAGGACUAGUGAAGGUGUCUGUAAUGUAAUCAUCUGGUAUUUUAAUUUUAUUUUUUUAAAUGUUAUAUUUAUGAAGGAACUUGCGUGGAUAUUGCUGUCAUCUUUUAACUAAAUACAACAAUUCCUAGUUCAUAAAAGUUGCCAUUCGUAACUUUUUAGUAUUAUAAUAUUUGACUUCUUUUUAUUAGGUAAUAGUGUGCUAUCGUUUCAGGACACAGUAUUAGUUAAAUUCAAACGAACGGUUUUGACAGUGCUGAGAGAAAACAUGGCAGCUUUAACUAGAACACUGAUUUUAGAGCCUUUGCAUAUGGAGUAUGUUGUGUAAAUAUAUACAUGUUUCUAUAGUUGUACUGAUAGCUCCUGUGUUAAGAAUUUUAUUUUGCUUUUUGAGUGUGCUUUUUGAUGAAGAGAUUAAUUGUGUGAUAUAUACAGUAUGGUGCAAAUGAGUUUCUGGAUUUCAUAGUGAAGCUUAGAGGAUGUACUCUAAAAUAAGGUGUGAUUACGGUAUGAAUUCAUAUUUACUGUAUGUGUGUAUAAGUUUAUAUUCUGAAAUGUUGGACUGAAUGAGCCUAAAAGUUUUAGGGGCUCAUUAUUAUUUAACUGAAGGAGUUUUGUACUCUCAAUCAAACCUCAACUGAAAUGCCUUUCCCUUUAUGGUAUUCACUCAAAGACAGUACGAGCAUAUAGUUUUAACAGUAUAUUUUAACAUAAUUUUGAGUUUUCUUAGGUUGAAAGCAAGCCUUCUUUGCAUUAUGCUCAUAUAGGAGACCUAUUUCGGGGGUUAUUGUAAUUAUCAUUGCGAGCACUGAGGCUUAGUAGCAUUGGAACAUUUACACACUAUUUUAUUUACUUAUAGUUUUUCUGUUGUUUACAUUUUAUUUGUCAAAAAGGAUGAUACAUUUUACAAAUAAUAUCAUAAGACAUGUUUUUUUGUAAUUCAUUUGAAUUAUUGUUGCUGCUUAAAUAGCAAUUGUGUUAUAAAUAGUUCACAAUUUGACAAAGCUUAUAUUUGAAUUUUUCAUGCUAAAUUCUCAUGAGCUCAGUAAGCAAUUCUUGCACCAUUUGAAUGAAGAUUAGCUUGGAGAAAAAUCACAAUUGUGAAUUUAUCAGAAGAUAAUUUAAUUUUACUGUGUCCAAAUGUUCAGACAUAAACUCUGGUAUGACUUGUACUCAAGAACAAACAUUUCAGUUAUGUCUUUGUAUGCUGUUUUCUUUAUUUUAUUUAUCAUUAUUUUAUCAACAUGUUAAUUUAAUAAAUAACUUUCUGAAUGUUUUGGUUGGAAAAUGUUGUGUGGAAGCCACUAAACCAUUGUAGGUUGUUUAAAAAAUAGGAUUUUCCAACAAGAAAAUUUUUGGAAAAAAAAAAUAUAUAGCCAGAAUGAAGAUGAACUGAAAAUGCCAAGCCAUGAGACUGAUGUAAGACCAAAGACAAGUCUAUGCAGAGCUAAAAAUCUAUCACAUAAUCAUCUUUUGUAUUGUAUAUGGUACAUUAGUGCUUUCUUUUAAUGGUACACAAUUAAAAGAUAUGUUCAACAAUCAGACACCUCCUGUUGAUACAUAAUUUACAUUGUUAACAGUUGUUUAUUUUCCCAAUAAAAUGAAUUCUAACAAAAA